GCCGCCGCAGCCGCCGCCACUUCAGCCACUGCCACCAGGGCAGCUGCGCCAGCUCUCCCAUCCGCCGCCUACCGUCCUCUCAACCCCGCUGGCCCCGCCCCAUUUCCCCUUCACAGCGUCCUACUGGCUAACUGGGCUACCGUGAUGUAUUCUGAUUGGUCAACCCUCACGUCCUUCCGCAGGUCUUGCCCGCAGCCUAUGCGGUACUCACUGCCCGCCUCCUUAAGAAGGGGCGGGACGAAGAAGCCACUCCCCUUCUCCUCCCUUGUUCCCCGCCUUACUCGUUGUCCAACCCAGAGGGAGUCCCAAGUCUUUCCAUUGGUGAAAGGUCAAAAUGGCGGUGCUUCUGAUUGGUCAGACUUCAGGAGGUGGGGACAACUGAGCGGAACAAUAAAUUGAAUGGUGAAAAGAAAGGUCAGUCAGACACCGAGUCCCGCCUUCUGAGAUUGGCGGGUAACCUAGCAACGCAGGGACCGCGGCGGUAACUGUGGCUAGGGAAACCUGCAGCGGUCAGAGCAGGAUGGCCAGAGACAAUAAAAGCACGAGACCCAAGUAGUCUACCGAAGUCUCCAUCUCUACGGACCUACAGAGGCACAGACGGCUGCUCACAAGAUGGCUUUAGACAUUCUCGCCAUGGCCCCUUUGUAUCAGGCCCCUGCCAUCAACAGAAUAGGGCCAAAGACAGACCCAUCUAAAAGGCCAGCUGACCCACUAAAACCCUUGGUUCUCUCUAGGACCAAACUCACCACCAUUGAGGCCAAAAGGAUCAUGUCCGUCCUGGAUGAGGCGAUCUACAAGGUGGAGCUGGUGACCUUGCUGUCGUAUGCGGCAUGCAACAGAGAGGAUAUGGAGGGGAUGCUGGGGGAGGACGUCAUGAGGGCAGUGAGAGAGCAUGAGGAUCUCUGCCAGGUCCUCCUUGAAAAUGUCAGGUGCCUGAAAGAGAAAGAAAGGCAAUUGCAGGAGCAGAAAGAGGCUGAGGAGGAAGGGUGGCUCAGAGACCGCCUCCUUUCCAUAGAGCUGCAGAAAUCCAGCCUCUCACCACUUACGCAGCAGAUCAAAGACUCCACCAAGAACGUCCUGAGACUCUUGCUCAGCAACCCCCAGGCUGCUAGGCUCCUGCAGAUGCAGACACAGGGUAGAAGUGCAGAAGCCCAGAAUUUUAUUGACAGCCUGAUAGAGCUCCGUGGUUUCCUGUUUGAAAAACUACUCACUAGUCCCAUGGAAGCGAGGGAUAAGGCCCAGUUCUUACAGGAUAUCAGUAGACAGAAUAGUAAUAACCAACAAAUCAUUGAUACUCUUGAAAAGGAAUUGGCGGAGAGAAUGAAGAACAGGAAUGCAGAGGUGGAAAAGGAGAACUUUGUGAUCCAAGAACUGAAAAACCACCUGCACCAGGUGCUCAAGUUCUCAGAGAACAGCCUCCUUCGCACUAAGCAGGAGGCUGAGAAGCAGCAGAAGGCCGAUUUCCGGGCAUCACAGGCCAGGGUGGCCAAGAUCCAGCAGGAGAUCCUGCAGCUGCAGUCACAGUUUUACAACCUGGUCAUGGAGAACCGGGAGGCGGAGCAGGCGCUGAGGAAGAAGAAAUAUAAAGUGGAAACGGAAAUCGAGAACUGGAUCCAGAAAUAUGAUACAGAGAUGGGUGAGAAGCAGGAGGAGUUGGAGGAUCUGGACGCUGUUCACAGGGAAGAGAAGAUCUCGCUGGAGGAGCUGAGGCGGAGGCACAAAGUGCUUGUGGGAGAGUUUGCGCAGAUCCGGGAAGAGCGGGAGAUCAACUCCAAGAAAAGGAUGGAGGCAGAGCAGGAGAUGGUGCGCAUGGUACGGGCGGCCACACUCAUCCAGGCCCUAUGGAAGGGCUAUCUGGUGCGUUCCCUGCUCAGAUCCAAGAAGAAGCGGGGCAAGGGCAAAGCGAAGGACAAGGAGAAGGGCAAGCAGAAAGGCAAGGAGAAGGGCAAGGGCAAGAAAUGAGCUCUCCACCCAGCCCGCUCCUGGCCCUUAUCCUUCCAGAGACCAGGCCAGGAAGCCCCGGGAUGGAGAGCACUAAAUUCACGGCUUUCAUGAUGUUUUUAUUUAAUAAAUUAAAAAGUAUUUGAAGCCACA